UGUUAUUGAUGUUACAGUUUUAUAGUUUUAUAAGGGAAGGCUACACGGCAAUACAAUCCAGGUGAUAGAACUCAUCGUAAACAACGCCGUGUUAACCUCAAAUUUUCUAUAUUCGUAGGUAGUCCAAAAUAACUUUGAUCUUGGAAUUAAUAGACUGGAAAGCACAUAAAGGAACAUUCGAGUUACUGGGCCUCGUUUAUCCCUUAAUUGUCAUUCGACUUUUAAAAUAUUUGGAAUUGUAGUACACUUCAGACAUCUCCUCACUUUACUUCGUUUUUCACUUUCCGCUUUUGAGACUGUUGGUUUUUGUGUACCCACUGUUAGUGUGGCGAAUGCUUCAGAACUUCAACUUGGUCACAUAAUCCUAGUCACGUACUGGUACACACAACAGAACUUUGUGGCUAUAUCACUAGGAUUCUUGUAAGCCACUUUUUGACUCAACCCUUAGCCCAUCAUGUGUGAUGAUGAAGUUUCAGGCUCAAAAAAGACUCUGCAGUCUGAGGAAAUAUUUCCUGCUGUAAAACAAAUCAUGAAAGAUGAACCAGGUUCACAUAGUGAGGCCUGUCCUUCAUUGUCUCACGAUGGAGAUCAGGCUGUCAACAUAAAAGUCGAGGAAUUCUCAGAUAUAGAAGAUGGGGAGGAUCCUGUACCAAUGACAGUUGUAGGAAUAAAAGCUGAAUAUGAGGAAGAUGCACCAGCCUCACAUAGUGAGACAUGUGCAUCACCAUCACUUAGUGGUGAUCAGGCUUUCAACAUAAAAGUUGAAGAAUUCUCAGAUAUAGAAGAUAGGGAGGAUCCUGUUCCAAUGCCAGUUGAAGGAAUAAAAGCUGAAUAUGAGGACUCCUUGGAUUCACAGGAAGAUGAACCAGCCUCGCAUAGUGAGGCAUGUGCAUCAUCAUCACUCGAUGGUGUUCAGGCUGUGUACAUAAAAGUUGAAGAAUUCUCAGAUAUAGAAGAUAGCAAGGAUUCUGAGCCAAUGGCAGUUGUAGGAAUAAAGGCUGAACAUGAGGACUGUGCACAUCCACAGGAAGAUGUCCCAGGUUCAUGUACUGACACAUGUCCUACAACUUCUCAUGAUGCAUUUCAGGCCAUCAGUAUAAAAGUUCAGGAGGCUUCAGAUGUGGAAGAGGAAGGGAAUCCAGUGGCGAUAUCAUUUCCAGUGAUGAAAGCUGAACAUGCAGGCAUUGUGAAUAAGGAUAAAGUCAUACAUGAUCAAUUUCCAUUUUCCUGUGAUGUGUGUUACAAAACAUUCAGCCGUAGCCGUGGCCUGAAGAGACAUCAGCGUAUACAUGCUGCAGGCCGAUCACUUUUCUGUGAUGUAUGCAAAAAAACAUUCACAAGGUAUGGUCAUUUGAAGGAACAUCAACGCAUACAUAGUGGGGAGCGGCCGUAUUCCUGUCAUGUAUGUAAUAAGUCAUUUAGUCAGCAAAAUCAUCUAAAGGGACAUGUACGUAUUCAUAGUGGGGAGCGGCCAUAUUCCUGCGAUGUCUGUAAUAGGUCAUUUAGUAGGCAGUAUUAUUUCAAGAUGCAUCAACGCAUACACAGUGGGGACAGACCAUUUUCCUGUGAUGUGUGUCACAAGUCAUAUAUCUGCAACAGUGACCUGAAGAUACACCAACGCAUGCAUAGUGGGGAGCGGCCAUUUUCUUGUGCUGUAUGUAGUAAGUCAUAUACAUGUAACAGUCAUCUGAAGGCACAUCAGCGCAUACAUAGCGGGGAGCGGCUGUUUUCCUGUCCUGUAUGUAAUAAGUCAUAUACAUCUAACAGUGAGCUCAAGAUACAUGAACGCAUACAUAGUGGGGAGCGGCCAUUUUCCUGUGAUAUGUGUAACAAAUCAUUUCGUAGACGAAGUCAUUUGAAGACGCAUCAACAGGUACAUAGUGAGGAUCGGCCAUUUUCCUGUCAUGUGUGUAAUAAGUCAUUUAGUGGGAGUGGGCGUCUGAAGGAACAUCAGCGAGUGCAUAGUCAGGAGCAGCCAUUUUCCUGUUCUACAUGCAAUAGAACAUUUACGUAUAAGAGUGUCCUGAAGAAUCAUCUACGUGUGUGCGGUGUCCCACAGCCACUUUCCUCUGAUCUGUGCAAGGAAUUAUGCACCCAACACAAUCAUGAAGAUGCAGGAAGGCAAACUGUAAAAUAAUUUACAUGUAACGUUAUCAAUAUUCAACUGUGUGUGGCUAAGUAUAUGUUGCUGUCUCUUCACCAAAAUGCAGGGCAAAAUCAUGACAUAAAGAUAGGAAACAGAUGUUUUG